GAUAGAGAAGACGAAGAAGAAGAGAUGAGCGGCCACGACUCCAAGUACUUCUCCACCACCAAGAAGGGUGAAAUCCCCGAGCUCAAAGAAGAGCUCAAUUCUCAAUACAAGGACAAGAGGAAAGAUGCGGUUAAGAAGGUGAUUGCUGCAAUGACAGUUGGGAAGGACGUCUCGUCGCUUUUCACGGAUGUUGUCAAUUGCAUGCAAACCGAAAAUUUGGAGCUCAAGAAGCUGGUUUAUCUGUAUCUGAUCAAUUAUGCUAAAAGCCAGCCUGACCUGGCAAUUCUUGCUGUCAAUACAUUUGUCAAGGAUUCACAGGACCCAAAUCCUUUGAUUCGUGCUUUAGCCGUUCGGACCAUGGGUUGCAUUCGUGUUGAUAAAAUUACAGAAUAUUUAUGUGAUCCCCUUCAGAGAUGCCUUAAGGAUGAUGAUCCAUAUGUUCGCAAGACAGCAGCCAUAUGUGUCGCCAAACUUUAUGACAUAAAUGCUGAGUUAGUUGAGGAUAGGGGAUUCCUGGAAUCUCUCAAGGAUUUGAUUUCUGAUAAUAAUCCUAUGGUUGUAGCAAAUGCUGUGGCUGCGCUUGCUGAAAUUCAAGAGAAUAGUAAUAGACCCAUCUUUGAGAUGACCAGCCACACUCUGACAAAGCUCCUUACUGCCUUGAAUGAAUGCACAGAGUGGGGACAAGUAUUUAUACUGGACGCUCUUUCUAGAUACAAGGCUGCUGAUGCCCGUGAAGCUGAAAAUAUAGUAGAGCGAGUUACCCCACGACUACAGCAUGCUAACUGUGCUGUUGUGCUUUCAGCUGUGAAGAUGAUCCUCCAACAAAUGGAACUCAUCACCAGUACUGAUGUCGUCAGAAAUCUUUGUAAAAAGAUGGCUCCUCCACUUGUGACACUACUCUCUGCUGAGCCUGAGAUACAAUAUGUUGCAUUGAGAAACAUCAACCUUAUAGUACAGAGACGGCCCACAAUUCUUGCUCAUGAAAUUAAGGUAUUCUUUUGCAAGUACAAUGAUCCUAUUUAUGUAAAGAUGGAAAAGUUAGAAAUUAUGAUAAAGCUUGCUUCAGAUAGAAACAUAGACCAGGUUCUGUUGGAGUUUAAAGAGUAUGCUACUGAAGUAGAUGUGGAUUUUGUCAGAAAGGCUGUCCGUGCCAUUGGUCGCUGUGCCAUCAAAUUAGAAAGAGCAGCUGAACGGUGCAUUACUGUAUUACUUGAGUUGAUUAAGAUCAAAGUCAAUUACGUAGUUCAAGAGGCCAUUAUUGUCAUCAAAGACAUCUUUAGAAGAUAUCCCAAUACCUAUGAAUCCAUCAUCGCUACUCUAUGUGAAAGCCUAGACACUUUAGAUGAACCAGAAGCCAAGGCAUCGAUGAUCUGGAUAAUUGGUGAAUAUGCGGAAAGAAUUGACAAUGCCGAUGAGCUACUUGAAAGCUUUCUGGAAAGUUUCCCUGAAGAACCUGCACAUGUCCAGUUGCAGUUGCUGACUGCAACUGUCAAACUUUUUCUUAAAAAGCCUACCGAAGGACCACAACAGAUGAUUCAGGUUGUUUUGAAUAAUGCUACUGUGGAGACAGACAAUCCUGAUCUGAGAGAUCGUGCAUACAUCUAUUGGCGCCUUCUAUCAACUGAUCCUGAGGCAGCAAAGGAUGUUGUUUUAGCUGAGAAGCCAGUGAUCAGUGACGAUUCAAACCUCCUUGAUUCCUCACUUCUUGAUGAACUUCUUGCAAACAUUGCUACAUUGUCCUCUGUGUAUCACAAGCCCCCAGAAGCAUUUGUUACUCGUGUGAAGACCUCAACAUCGAGACCUGAAGAUGAGGAGUAUGGUAGUGAAACAGGAAAUUCUGAAUCACCUGCUCAUCUUGCUGAUAGCGCUGCUACUGGUUCAUCCCCACCACCAACUAGUUCAGGUAGUGUUCCAUAUGGUGCACAAAGGCAACCAGCCCCUGCACCAGCUUCAGCUGCUGCUCCAGUGCCAGAUUUACUUGGUGAUCUGAUUGGCCUGGAUAAUAGCGCUAUUGUCCCUGUGGAUCAGCCUGCUGCUCCUACCGGGCCUCCAUUGCCUGUCUUAGUACCAGCAUCAACUGGUCAAGGUUUACAAAUCAGUGCUCAGUUGACACGCAGGGAUGCUCAAAUUUAUUACAGUAUAUUGUUUGAGAACAACACACAAGUCCCAUUAGAUGGGUUCAUGAUUCAGUUCAACAAAAAUACUUUUGGUCUUGCGGCUGCUGGUCCCCUUCAGGUUCCACAAAUUCAACCCGGGACAUCAGCAGGGACUCUCCUGCCUAUGGUUACAUUCCAGAAUAUGUCUCAAGGUCCUCCAAGCUCAUUAUUGCAGGUUGCUGUGAAAAACAAUCAACAACCUGUGUGGUACUUCAAUGAUAAAAUCCCACUGCAUAUCUUCUUUACCGAGGAUGGCAGAAUGGAGCGUGCAAACUUCCUUGAGACAUGGAGGUCCCUUCCUGAUUCAAAUGAGAUUACUAAAGAGUUCCCUGGAAUUGUGGUGAGCAAUGUUGAAGCAACUCUGGAUCGCCUGGCUGCUACAAACAUGUUUUUUAUUGCAAAGCGAAAACACGCCAACCAGGAUGUCUUUUAUUUCUCUGCAAAUAUACCCAGAGGAAUACCAUUCCUAAUUGAAAUGACUACAGUAGUCAAUACCCCUGGGGUCAAGUGCGCAAUCAAGACUCCAAGCCCAGAGUCGGCACCCCUUUUCUUUGAAGCUGUGGAGACUCUCCUGAAGAGCUAAUCAUCACCCCCUUGUUAGACACUCUUGAGUAUUCACUUUGUCGUGAAAAAAAAAAAAACCAAUAGAAGAGAAAAAGAAGCCGGGGUCAAGUGUGCAAUCAAGACUCCAAGCUGAGAGCCGGCACCCAUUUUCUUUGAGACGACUGGAGGAUGAUUCUGUUUUGUAUGUUAUAUAAUUUUUCUUUGUAUCUCAUAUUUUUGGUCAGCAUUUGUCAGUCUUGGCUAUUGAGUAUUGAGGCUUGGGUCGAUAUUUUCUUGAUCUUUUUGCUAUUCUUUGUACUUAAACGUCAUCGACACACUUACAUUAACCUUGAAUUGUUCAAACUUGAGGGUUUUGAAUAGUUUUACGAAGUUGUGAUGGCUUGGUUGCACUCGUUAA